AGGCUGAAUUCAUAGCAGCAACAGCAGCUGUAAAUCAAGUUUUAUGGCUGAAGAAGAUUUUAUGUGAUUUACAUAUUCAGCAGAAGAAUAAAACUGAAGUUUAUAUUGACAAUCAGGCAGCAAUUGCAAUUGCAAAUAAUCCCUUGCCGGAUGACUUGCCAAACUUUGAUGAUAUUGGCUUCUUAGAGGAUGAUGAAGAAUCAUUAAGCUCACAGGAUGACGUGGAACACUUUGGAGAUGAUGGCUUCUUAGAGGAUAAUGUGGAAUUAUUUCCCCCACAGGAUGAUGAUGAUGGUAGGAACCCUUCUGAGCAUGAUACAGAUGCUAUGAAAGGCUUUACCUUUGCUGAAGUUGGUUCUAUGCGCAAAUGCAAUAGCAAAGUUGUUUGCUGUCAUUUCUCUUCAGAUGGGAAAUUAUUAGCUAGUUCUGGACAUGACAAAAAGGUUGUUCUGUGGAACAUGGAGACACUGCAAACAGAGACAACUCCGGAGGAUCACAGUCUUAUUAUUACUGAUGUUCGCUUCAGACCGAAUUCAACUCAGCUGGCAACAUCUUCAUUUGAUAAAACUGUUCGGUUGUGGGAUGCUGCUAAUCCAACCUUUUCUUUGCAGGCAUAUAGUGGUCAUUCUUCGCAUGUUUUGUCCCUUGAUUUUCACCCAAGGAAAAAUGAUUUUUUCUGUUCCUGUGAUGAUAUCAAUGAGAUUCGUUUCUGGAAUAUUAGCCAAUAUUCUUCCAUCAGACGUUUUAAGGGAGGAUCUACCCAGGUGAGGUUUCAGCCGAGGGUUGGUCACCUUCUGGCUGCAGCAAGUGGGAGUUCUGUGUCUCUCUUUGAUGUUGAGACUUGUAGGCCGAUGCACACAUUUCAGGGACACUCUGCAGAUGUAUCUUUCGUCUGUUGGGAGCCAAACGGAGAUUACUUUGCAUCUAUGAGUCAAGAAUGUGUCAAAGUGUGGUCAAUUGCAACUGGGGAAUGCAUUCAUGAACUUAAUUCCAAUGGAAACAUGUAUAAUUCUUGUGUCUUUCACCCAAGCUACUCAACUCUCUUGAUUAUUGGAGGAUACAAGUCAUUGGAGCUAUGGGACAUGGUUGAGAAUAGAAGUAUGACAAUUCAAGCUCAUGAGUGUGUGAUAUCUGCAUUAGCACAAUCACCCGUCACAGGGAUGGUUGCUUCUGCCAGCCAUGACAAAUCUGUAAAGAUUUGGAAAUAAAUUUUACUAUUUUAUGCUUCAAACAAACAGGGCUCUACAAAUUACGAUGAUAUUAUUAUUAGCUCCUUUCGUUUUAAUAUCCAAAAUGUAUGAUAUCCAACUUCGUUGUCUGUUUACUUAUUAGUAAAUGACACAAAUUAAUCAGUGAUGAAUAUAUAGUUAAUGAUAUUAAUUAGUUUGAGAA